UGUAAGUAAACGGAUCGGAUGGUGUUGGAUCCGGAGUUGUCUCUGGUACCCUCUCUCUCAAUCUCUCUCUAUCUUUGCACUGAACCGAAGGCCCCAAAAACACACCAUUACGAAAACCCUCACAAAUCUCUACUUAUGUGUGGGUUUUGCUGUCGGAUUUGUAGCGAUUUGGGAACAUUCGUCAAGAGUUUGGAACAAAUUUGAUCCGAUUGGGUUUUCUCAAAUUUAUUGCAGCUAAUCAUUGAAAUCGUGCUUUGAAUCAAUCAAUCUUGCGUUUAAGUUACUCUGAAACUCUGAUUUUGGGUUGAGAAUUUCAAUGGGGAAGAACGAAUUUUUGACUCCCAAGGCGAUUGCGAAUCGAAUCAAGGCAAAGGGUCUCCAGAAACUUCGAUGGUACUGCCAGAUGUGCCAGAAGCAAUGUCGGGACGAGAACGGGUUCAAGUGCCACUGUAUGAGCGAGAGCCACCAGCGCCAAAUGGAGGUUUUCGGCCAAAAUCCCCACCGAAUCGUCGACGGCUACUCUGAGGAGUUCGAGAGAGAGUUCCUCGACCACAUGAAACGCAGCCACCGCUUUAGCCGCAUUGCUGCCACUGUGGUGUAUAACGAAUACAUCGCUGAUCGCCACCAUAUUCACAUGAAUUCGACGCAAUGGGCUACGUUGACGGAGUUUGUUAAGUAUUUGGGGCGCACGGGCAAGUGCAAGGUAGAUGAGACCCCAAAGGGGUGGUUUAUUACAUAUAUAGAUAGAGAUUCAGAGACCCUUUUCAAGGAAAAGAUGAAAAGUAAACGAGCUAGGGCCGAUCUAGUGGAUGAGGAGAAGCAAGAGAGAGAGAUAAGGAGGCAAAUUGAAAGGGCAGAGUUGUCAAUACCGGAGGCAAAUGGGGCUGCUCAGCCUUUGGAGCCUGAGCUCAAGCCCCUGGAAAAAUCAGAGACUGGUGAGAAGAUUGUGCUUAGCUUGGCUUCGUCAUCUAAACUCAUUGCUAAAGAGAAAGUUGGGAGUUCUAAGUUGGUAUUUGAAGAACCGAUGAUUGAUACAAAGAAAGAUAAAGUUAAAGAAAAUGGAAAUUCAGUGAAAAGUAAGGGUAUGAAUAGGUCGGUGUUGGAUGAUUUGAUGAGAGAGGAAGAGAAGGCGAAAGAGCGGAUUAAUAGGAAGGAUUAUUGGUUGUGUGAGGGAAUCGUUGUAAAAGUCAUGAGCAAGGCAUUGGCUGAGAAGGGGUACUAUAAGCAAAAGGGAGUUGUGCGCAAGUUGAUUGAUAAAUAUGUUGGGGAAAUUGAGAUGCUUGAGACUAAGCAUGUGCUCAGGGUUGAUCAGGAAGAGCUUGAAACUGUGAUUCCACAAAUUGGAGGCAUUGUUAGGAUAGUUAAUGGGGCUUACCGCGGAUCAAAUGCAAGGUUGCUAGCAGUGGAUACAGACAAAUUCUGUGCCAAGGUUCAGAUUGAGAAAGGGAUAUACGAUGGGAGGGUGAUUCAGGCUGUUGAAUAUGAAGACAUUUGCAAAGUUGUUCAAUGAGAUUAUUGUAUAUCGUGAAAUCUUCUGUUCUUCUCCUUCCGCCACUUUUGGGUUGGUAAGUUGGAAUGAGCCCAUGCCAAUUUCAAUCAAACUGAUUUCGUGUUCUGUUGAAUCAAUUGUAACAAGUGUUUUUGUGUCUUUCACGGAAUUUAGCAAACAAUUGCAUGAAAAGGCUUAUGUUUUUUUACAUAUAGCUUGGUGAUUUUAAAAUUGUGGGUACCACAAAACACCUGUUUUGACUUUUAACAUCAUCAUUUCAUUUACAGUUAUAUGCCUCGCUAUACUAUGUUUCAGAGUAGGAUUAUUGCAUGAUUGGUCAUGAUAAAUUUCUGAUAAUUUGUUCUCUUCCCUGUGUAAUUGUUCAAAUAUUCCUUCAAAAGAUUGGCUGCCGUUUUUAUUCUCA